CAGGGUUAACAAGCCUUGGAUUUCCUCUUGGUUUUACAGGAGAUUUGGAUUUUCUACUGUUUGUUCUUUGUAAAAAAAAUGACCAACAACUUUGCAAUAGAAUAUGAUGCCAUCAACAGCAGAAACACCUUUACAAAUGGAGAUACCAUCAAUGGGAGAAUCAUCGUGGAGGUUUCUAAGGAAACCACAGUCCAGUCUCUAAUUUUUAAAGCAAAAGGAAAAGCUCGGGUCCGCUGGAGUGAACAUUACGGGCAACAUCAACAUCAUGUGUACUGGGCUGAUGAGAAAUAUUAUGAUGUCAAACAUCAUAUCUUGAGAGAGUCAAGACAAGAUGGCACUGAAGUUAUCGGUAAAGGGAGACAUGUGUUCCCUUUUUCCUUCAAGAUUCCUGACAACAAAAUCCCAUCAUCUUUCAAAUCUGGCAUUGGUAACAUUCAUCAUAAACUGAAGGCAGAGCUCAAGCAAUCAAUGAAGCUGACCAAAAAGGCCAAAACCCACUUCACAUUUGUGUCAAAAGCAGACAUGGAUAUUCCUGGACUUCUGGAACCUCAGUAUGGUAGCAAGGACAAAUCUGUCAAGGUAUUUGGCUCUGGAAUUAUUUCAAUGGAUGUUCAGACCAAGCGAAUGGGAUACAAACAAGGUAGAGAUCUCAAAGUCUCAGUUGAAAUCGUCAACAACUCAAGUCGUUCAGUGAAGGCUAAAGUCAUCCUGUAUGAGAAGAAGAGCUUCUUCGCCCAGGGUCGCAGGAGAGUUUCCACAAAGGAGAUCCUUAAGGAGAAGAUGGAGGCUAUCGCAUCCUCUAACAAAGAGACUGUGGUCAAGGUGAUGAACAUCCCCAGAGAGUUACCUAGCUCCAUCUUAAACUGCAGCAUCAUCAAACUGGAGUACAGGCUGAAGGUAAACUAA